AUGCUUGGCGUUGGCCUACCCGGUCCCGGCGUGGGCUUGGCUGGCGGCAGCAUAGGCGGUGCGCUGGGCGGCGGUGGCGCCACUUCACCUACCACAUCCACUGCUUCGGCCGGUAUUGUGGGUUGCGGCAGCAGCAGCGGUGGCAGCGGCUUACUGGGCAGCGCUGGCUUGCUGCCUGGCUCCGCCUGCAGCACUCUACCACAUCCACCGUCUUCUGCCGCUGCGGCCGCUGUCGUGUCCAGCGCCUUGGCGGCGGCAUCGGCCACCUGCGCGGGCGUGGGCAGCGCAACGGCGAACUUAAAUCGAAAUCUAGUGAUAUUGCGCAAUCACUUGCGUAAGAAUACGAAUGUGACGCCCACAACGGCGGCAGCGCCAGCGCCCGCGUCCGCCACGCUAUCCACACCAACACAUGCGGGUGGUUUGUACAACGACAUCACGCCCACCAACACCAACACGAACACACUCAGCAGCAGCACAAUCAGCGCACACAUCAACAACAUCAAUACAAAUCUGGAUCGGGAUCAAUAGCCCAGCUGUAAAUUGCACGGCAUUUUUCAUUUAGCGCGCAUAUUGCAUUAUGUUAAUUAAAUGUAGAGAGAAUAUAUGAGUAUUAAGUGAGUUUAAAGUAAAAAAAAUAUGAACACUUCAUUAACAUGCAUAGUAACUGUACAUAUGUAGUUGUAUUUAGCAUAUUUGUAUGUAUGUAUAUGUAAAUCGCUGUGAUGACGCGUACGUAUGUGCUUCAGUUCAAAUGUACAGUAAGUUAAAUAUAAUCACUGCACACACACACACAGAAACACACACACACACAGAGAGACACGCAUUGUUAUCAUAGCAAACACGAAAAAAAUUCAACGCUUUUAUAUGCUAAUAUUUAAAAAAAUAAAUAAAUCUAUAUAUAGUUAUAUAUGUAUAUAUUACCGAUAUUUUGCAUUUGUAAUUUGAGUACUUCCUCAGGUGAUGGCAUUUAAUGAAUAGCAUUUAAUUAUUGUAUGUGUUUUAGCGGCAAUUUUUAUGUACAAAAUAAAACCAGCAGCAUUUAUGCAAAUUGAUUGAGAACAACAACGCAAACAACAACAACAAUAACAAAACUAAAAAAAUUACGCAACAGUUUAUUUAAAAGCAUUUAUAAAAACCGAAAAAAGUAAGCAGAAGACAACCGCAAACACACAAACAAACACACACACACACAUAUAUACAUAUACAGGUGUAUAUACAGACACAAAUAAGCAAUAAGAAAUUAAUAUAAUUAGAAUAUGCGUAAAAUGAAAUUAAAAAUCAACUCCAACACACACACACACACACACCGUUAAUAAAUACGUGAUACUCCAAUACGUCCAUGACUUUGUUUUUUGUUUUGCUUCAAUUUGUCGUUACUUAUGUAUACAUAGUUGGUUAGCAUAGCAUUAAAAGCACAUUGCAUUAAUUUCAUUUAAUUUAAUGUAAUUUAAUUGUAUUUUAAGUUU